AUGCGGUGCACGCCAGAGUCUCCGCCGGCCGCGGCCAACAACAACAACACUGUGGCGGUGCCGUGCCUGGUCCGCGGUCCCGAAGAGCAUAUUGAAGAAGGGAUGCUGGCUGAGUGUCCCGAGGAAGGAGACCACACCAUCGCCCAGGAAGGAGACCACACCAUCCGAGGGCGUCUUGUCCUCACGGCGGCAUCCUCUGAAGAGAGCGUCCGACAUGGCGGCCAAGUUCCCCCGGUAGACGUCAAUCCUCUGGUUCGAUUCCCGCUGCUGGUGUUCAACCUCACUCUGUGCAUAGCCGGCGUCGCGUUGAGCGCCGUGUCCGCGCUGUUGCUGGUGCAGACCCUGCAGUGGCGCGACGACAUCGAGGCCCUGCGCCUGGGCGGUCUGGGCGGCCUUCUCAUGUCGCACCUCGAGCUAGCCCUGCUCGGUGCCGGACUCGUCCUGAGCGCCGUCUCGUGUUGUGGCUGCGUCGGGGCGCUCCGCGAGAACGCCUGCCUGCUACGCGCUUACUCCUUCUCCCUGCUGUGCCUCAUCAUGACCGCCACGGUGCUUGGCACGGUUGUGCUUGUCAUGCCAGCCGGAGCCAAGAGAGCCGUGCAGAGGACGCUGUCGUCCACGCUGGUGGUGCACUACCGUGACUCCCCGGACGCCCAGCAGCUGGUGGACGCUGUCCAACGCCACCUGGGCUGCUGCGGCAUGACAAGCAAGAGCUUCAGGGACUGGAACGAAAAUAUCUACUUCAACUGCAGCGCGGACAACCCGAGCCACGAGCGCUGCUCGGUGCCGCACUCGUGCUGCAAGGGCAACGCCAGCUUCGUGGCGAAGCCGUCGACAGCGGCCAACUUCCACUGCGGCCGAGGCGUGCUCAACAUGAGCGACUACGAGGCCUGGUUCCACAUCAACUGGAACAACUGCGCCGACGCGGCGCUGCACGCGCUGCGCACGCACGCGCUCGCCGUGUGCGGGGGCUGCCUGGCGCUCUCGCUCUGCCUCGCCUUCCUCGACGCGCUGGCGCACACCACGCGCUCCGAAAUCGUGCUCAUACGCGAGUACUACGCGCGACACGGACUAACCGCGUAG